AUGAAUCUAACUAAUCAACCAAUUAAAUGUUCUACAUUCCAAAUACAAAUACCGGGUCAAAAGUUUUGUGGGCAACUUUCACUUUGGGUUUUAUAUCAGUUAAGUUUAGGAAACCAGUUUGAAGACAUUAUACUUGAUGAAAAUGUCAAACAAGUUUGGAUUUCUUUACCUUUAGAAACUAAAAACCCCAACACUACAUCAUGGAUAAAUAAAGCAAAACCUUACUUUGUAGAUCAAAUUGUAGAUUCCUUACCAGAAUAUGAUAAUGAUGCUGUUCACCAGAAAUAUUUAAUGGAUCAAUUACAUUUAAUUGAAGUAGAUAAAGACUAUUUAAAAGAAAGAAUAAAUGAUGUGAAAAGAUUCUUCAAACGACAAAAAAAUAAUACAAAUUUUAUUGAUGAAAGUAAACUGAAAGAAUUAGAUCAUAUAUAUCAAAUUACAACAAGUAAUGAUAAGAUUACAAAGCAAAAAAUAGAUCUUAAACAACUAAUAGCCAAUAUUAAUCCAAGUGAAGACAAAUUAACCGCAUUAGAAACUAAACUUAGUGAUGAUAGUGACAUACAACAACAAAUAGUCGCUAUUCUAGUCAAUGUAGUGGAUAAAACUCAGUUUUACAUUAAAAUCUCCAUUGAGAAAACAAAAUUUUCAGUAAAAUUAAAACCGUAUAUUAAAUGUCAGAGAAGAUGGAGUAGAAUUGAUUCUGUUUUCAAAGCACUGAUUGUAGUUCUAACAGUAGGAACAACACUUGCAAUAGCCAUAACUGGUGGAUUAAUGGUUCCAGUACUUGUCCCAACUGUAUUAGCCACAAUAACUGCUAUUCGAACUUCAUCUUGUGGCUUGAUUGCUAUAGGUUAUACAUCCAAACAGCAAUCUUAUUAUAAAAACGAAUAG